UCUCUUGAAGGAAAAAACAAAAUGGAGGCCCGAUUAGGAAGAAGUCGUUCUGCUAAUAUCCUCGACAGACCUCUCAGUAAAGGCAGAAAUGAGAUCAAUUGCAGUACAUUUGCGUUGCUCUUCUCAGAAAUGGUUCAAUAUUGUCAGAAUAGAGUUUACACUGUCCCCGAACUUCAAACAAAACUUUCAGAGCUAGGACAACACGUCGGGACAAGAAUCCUUGAUGUUCUAGUCUUGAGGGAGAARGGGUUGAAGAGAGAAGUUAGAGUYCUUAACAUCUUACUCUUUAUUAAGUCUGUACUAUGGAAGUCCUUGUUUGGAAAAGAAGCUGACAAGUUAGAGCAAGCYAACGAUGAUGAUAGGACAUAUUAUAUUAUUGAAAAAGAGCCAUUAGUUAAUAAAUUUAUCUCAGUGCCCAAGGACAAAGGCAGUUUGAAUUGCGCAUCAUUCAUUGGUGGCAUUGUGGAAGCUGUACUUCAUGGCUGUAACUUUCCAGCAAAAGUAACUGCACAUUGGCAUAAAGGAACCACCCUAAUGAUAAAGUUUGAAGAAUCUGUCAUUGCAAGAGAAAAAUCACUGGACACUCGAUAAAUAGAUACCUACAUUACAGUCAUUCUCAAUAGUAUGCAAGGAAUCAUCAUAAUUACACGACAUUCCAUAGUCACAAAUUGUAGGAUUCCAUUUGUGUUAUUGAAAAGGACUGUAAAAACAUGUCCCUUUUACUACCAAAAUCACUAAACUGUUAGCACCACCAAAAAUGAUAAUGAUCGAUCACAUUUUGAAUUAUGGUUAACUCACGUGACCUUUAUGUAGUGUUUAAAAAACGAGGAGUGUUUUAUGCCUGAUAAAACACGAUCUACGAGUUUUUUGAACUGCUCAAGACAUUCAUGAACAAUUUAUAAGAUUUUGGUUCAACUGGAGCCACCAUACAC